AUGGUCUCGAUUGACAAUGUGGUGUAUCUGAUAAUCAGGAUCGUGUUGAAUCCGCUUGUCGCUGCUGCUGUGCUUUUCUACUCUUUCGAUCGGAGUAAUCGAGCACUAAAUACAGAUCUGGAGCACCUCCUCCCCCAGAUCUACGCUAUCCUGGUAAUAACAUACAGCAUCCUCGAACUAAUCGUUGAUGCCACCCGGGCCUCGCAAUUUGAUAUCUCAAAAGACGUGAUUGCGAUAACCGGCGGUAGCUCCGGAUUUGGAUACGAACUUUCGAAAGAAUUCGCAAAACGGAAGCUUACAGUAGCCGUGCUCGACGUUGGAGCGCCCAAGGUUGUCGUUGAAGGCGUGAGGUACUACAAGUGCGAUGUACGAUCUAGCACUCAAGUGAAGGCAACUUUUGAGAGAGUCAGCGAAGAGCUGGGUGCUGUUACGGUUUUGGUGAAUAACGCGGGUAUAACGCGUAAAGGCAGCGUCUUGGACGCCUCGUUAGAUGACAUCAAAGAUACACUGGAUGUUAACCUUCUGUCGCACUUUUAUACGGUGAAGGCUGUUCUGCCUAGCAUGAUUGCUGCGAAGAAAGGAUACGUCGUGACUGUUGCUUCAUGUCUUGGUUACCAGGGUCCGGUGAACUUUGCUGCGUAUGGAGCGUCAAAAGCCGGUCUGCUGGCCUACCAUGAAUCUCUCACGUUCGAGCUAGCACCCAAUCGCGGCCUCAAAACACUCCUCAUAGUCCCCGGUCAGAUGCGCACCGGGAUGUUUAGCGACAUAGAUCCGCCGCUGCAGUUUUUUGCGCCAGUAGUUGAUCCCGCUGCAUUGGCGCGCAAAGUGGUCCGCGCGAUCGAGAUGGGAAAGAGCGGAAGGAUUGCGAGUCCGCUGUACGUCAACUUUAUGCCUGUGCUUCGCGCUGCACCCUUCUGGCUUGUUAGGAUCUUUAGAGGACUUUCGGGGAUGGAUAGAGUAGCCCGAGAUUCGCAUAGUGACUAG